UACUUACAAAUGAAAGUGAUAUCAGCUUUUAUUCAGUUGUAGAUCUAUUCUUGUCCUCGAGAGACACAUACUGGGUGGAAGCAGGAAAUUAAUCAGACCAUACUAUUAUUCAUUAAUUCUUUAAAUUUUAAAUCUUUAGAUCUAUUGAAAAAAAAUCAAUAAAGAACUGUCAUUUAAUUUCUUUCUCGUCAUAUUCGGCAUUCUGGUCCCAUUAGUAACAAACAUAGUCUAAAUCGUUUCUCUGUGACCUAGUUAUUUAGUGUGGACUGAACUACUCUGAGUACAGAGUACACAGUACAGAGUUUAAGUUUCCAAAUCCAGAAAUCCAAUCCCAUAACUCUCCCAUACUCCAAUUAUCUGAAGUUAUGAAAAUUAAAAAUGUUUCUUGGUGAUUUACUCAAUCUUGUUCUUUACAUGCACAUAGUUAUCUCCUUUUUGGAUGAACUAACAGCUGCAUAAGGGCAUAACAUUCCCACCCAUUUUGUAAAUAAAAGUCCCUCCAGAACAAUGAUACCACUUUUAGCUGGUGGGCUGAAGGUGCCAGUAGGUGAUAAGUAUAUAAAGAGCUUUUCUGUUUGGCCGUUGGGAUUUCACAGGCUAAAAGGCACAGACAAAGUGAAGAGAAGGUUCUCAACAACAGGUAGUGUUCUUAUGGUUUUCCCACGUGGAUUUAUUCUCAAAUUACAUUCUCAUGAAAUGUGGCCUUACUGUCAGGAAAAUGUGUUCUUCAAAAUGUAACAUGCAUGCCCUGUGCAAAGGAAAGGAAAGAAAUUUAGUCUGUGACUGAAUUGUUUUGCAAAAGAUUUGUUUGUAUUUUUGUAUAAUUUAUGUUCAAGUCAGGAAGGUGCAUUUUUGUUGUACCCUGCAUACUUUUCAAUAAGAUGCCUGUUUGUUUAUUGUAGAGGGGCUGAGUCGUUUUCUAGCUCAUUAUUACAGAAUGCAUAUUGACUCAUCUUUUCUGAAGACCCCUCUUUUUAUCCUGAUGUAGUAUGAAGCCUGCAGUCACCAUAGCUCUGCUGCUGGCAUUUGUGAAUCUGAGCAGCUCCUUAUUGAUUGGGGCUUUUAACAUCAGAUCCUUUGGGGACAAGAAAGCAUCUAAUGCCACACUGCUUGACAUCAUAACUAAAAUAGUGCAUAGGUAUGACAUCAUACUCAUCCAAGAAGUAAAAGACAGUGAUCUGUCUGCAACCAACAAGCUGAUGGAGCAAGUGAGCGAGAAUCCCUCUCCAUACAAUUACAAGCACAUUGUGAGUGAACCCCUGGGCAGGAGCACCUAUAAAGAGCGAUAUCUGUUUAUCUACAGGCAGGAGACGGUAUCAGUAGUUAAGAACUUCACCUAUGAUGAUGGGUGCGAACCAUGUGGAACAGAUACAUUCAUCCGAGAACCCUUUGUGGUUAUGUUCUCCUCUGCUUCGUCAGUUGUGCAGAACUUCGUCCUCAUCCCCCAGCACACAUCCCCAGACCUGGCAGUGCAUGAGGUGGAUGCACUACACGACGUGGUCCUCUACACCAGACAGCAGUGGAACACCAAUGACAUCUUACUUCUGGGUGACUUCAAUGCCGGCUGUAGUUACAUCACAGCCAAUAACUGGUCAAAAAUUCGACUGUACACUAACAAGAGUUACCACUGGCUAAUUCCUGAUAGUGCAGACACCACUACCACAGACACAGUCUGCCCCUAUGACAGGAUUGUGUCCACCAAUGACAUGAUGAGAGCUAUAGCACCUGAGACAGCCCAAGUCUAUAACUUCAUGACUGCUCUAGGACUUAGCCACAGCUGGGUAAGACACUUCCCCACCUUCAAUGUGUGUAGUGCACACAGUGAUAACUGCUUCUGCAGCUGAGAAACUGUGCUUAACUCAGAGUAAUGGUGUGCUGCAUGUAAAGUGCCAUCUUGUUCCUGGUGUGUGUGUGUGUGUGUGUCCAUGCGCAUGUGCCUUAGGCCCUGGCUGUCAGCGAUCAUUUCCCCGUUGAGGUCCAGCUAAUAUGAGGUGCUCGGUGGAUCUUUCUGCAUGAAAACUGGUGCUUGGGA